UAGUAGAUUGAACAUUGCGCGCUUUAUCGCUUAGACUAUGUUGCCUGUAUUAUGAAAAGACAUGUUCUAGGAACUUAUCUAGUUGAUUUAUUUGGCGGUGAAUAUCAGUUUGUAGGGGAUACAUAGGCUGAAGUGGAACAUAUACUUGACCAUACGUAAUUUGGAAAGAGUGUUGUGAUCAGGGUAAUCUGAAAUGUAAGAAAUUUAUUUUGAUCCCGAUUAUAACCGUUCCGACAAACGUUCACUACAAUGUCACCGUGUUUGCAACUAGUGAGAAAUAUUUGGAACCACUGUAGUGCGAUGAAAUUCGUCCAUCUGCAGUCUUGUUCUGCAGCCCACCUGAGGUAUUUCAGCCAAGCUAAUCAGUUAUCUGCUGAAUCUCUGAAGAGCUUUGCAAAUCAGCUGAAGGAGAAAUGUAACAAUGUGCUAGUUAUGGCAGGUGCUGGCCUGAGUACACCAAGUGGAAUACCAGACUUCAGGUCUCCGGACACUGGACUUUAUUACAACUUAAAGCAGUACAACUUACCAUACCCUGAAGCAAUCUUUGAUCUUGUAUACUUUGAACAAGAUCCACGUCCAUUCCUCACAUUAGCUAAGGAGUUAUAUCCUGGAGGAAAAUAUCACCCAAAUUUGGGGCAUCAUUUUAUUCACCUCCUGCACAAAAAGGGAAAGUUGCUCCGCAUGUACACGCAGAACAUCGAUGGCCUUGAAAGAUUAAGUGGCAUACCAGAAGAGAAACUGGUAGAAGCUCAUGGGGGCUUUAGCACUGCCUCAUGCAUCAGGUGUUCCAAGAAACAUGAUCCACACAAGACUCGAGAAGACAUCUUACAAGGCAAAACCGUUUACUGUGAUAGAUCAUUCUGCAAAGGUUUGGUGAAACCAGACAUUGUAUUUUUUGGUGAAGCUCUUCCUGAACGUUUCUGGUUACACGAGAUAGAUGCUUCACUUGCAGACUUCCUCAUAGUCAUUGGAACAUCACUUGAGGUAUAUCCAUUUGCUGGUGUAGCUGAUGCUGUGCAGUUCAAUAUCCCAAGGCUGCUUCUCAAUAGAACAGUGGUAGGAAGUUUUGGCUAUCGGGACCAUGAUGCCAUCUUAUCUGGAGAUAUUACUGAAGGCAUCAAAAGUCUGGCCUCAGCUCUUGACUGGACAACUGAACUUGACGAACUCGUCAGGCAGUAUGAACAACUUAAUUGACACUGUUUUUAGGAGAUUAACAUAUUUGACUUCUUGAAGAUAUUAGAAUGAAUGCUUGUAAAUUGUUCAGUACAGACUACCUGUAUAAACACUGAACCAGUUUUAUCAUUUGUACAAAUAAUACAUAUAUAUAUAUAUAAC